AUGACAGAAAUAAGGAAGAGGAAUGGAAUUACAGCCACAAGCACAGUAAAUAUUCUAGCAGCUGAGGCUGAUCUCUACAUGGCUGAGAUUGAAAAUAAGAUCAUUGUCAAGAUUGGAUCCAAACAGGAUCUUGGCGUUCUUCCACCAAAUGUUAAGGUCGCCACCAGUGGACAAGACUAUGCUGUGUGGGAAAGAAAGUGA